AUGUUGAGAAGCGCCUUCGUCGUGGGCGCAUCAGGUGCUGUGGGGAAGCAGUUAGUCGAUGCAUUGGUUUCAUCACACCAGUUCAAAAAAGUUCUCGUUGUCGGGAGGAGGGAGAUUCCUUUGAGCCAUGAGAAUGUGGAGCAAGCAGUUAUUGAUUUCGACACUAUUGAAAAGCAUGCCGACCUUUUCAAAGAUAUCGAUGUUGGAUUUUGCGCUCUUGGAACGACUCGCGGCAAAGCAGGAAAGGAGGGAUUUUAUAAAGUGGAUCAUGAUUAUGUUCUGAACACUGCAAAGGUUGCCAAGGAGCAAGAGCAUCGUUUCGGAGAAUCUCUAGCAAAAAUCUUUGUCAAACCAUUGAAAAUGCUCAGCAACUCGAUCGCUAUUUCUACUGCCGAUGUUGCAAAGGCUAUGGUCGUUGGAGCAUGCUCAAGCGAAUUAAAAGGCAAGGUGAUUUGGGACAAUGCAACCUUACUUGAAAAGAAGGACUCUUUCGAAAGUCUGUGCAAGUAA